CUCUCACUCAUUUAAGCGGCGGGGCUCAGCGCGGUGACUGCACUCACGCACAAGAACAUGUCCACCCCGCAGUCUCAGCCAGUCACGCACACCUGCUCGCCGUGCACGGGCCCGGCCCGGCAAUGUCCACUGACUGCUCUGCGCUUUGAAAGAGUUCUAAGAGCACCUGGUCUUCUCCCCCCCCCACCAGAGCGGAGUAUAGUGGAGUAGCGGAGCUCCACCAGUGUCGUCCGCCUCCCACACCUUCAGCGGCUCUCGUGCACAGCCACCCCCAUGGAACUCUAACUAUGGAUUACUGCCGCAUACUGCUGCUGUCUGUCGUGCUGCAUUUCGCAAUCCGAGCAGGCCACACAAAGCCUAGCAUCACCCCCGCUGGACCCCACCUGGUGGUCCCGCUCAACGCGCCCUUCAACCUGCGCUGCCAGGGCGACAAGGAGAUGCAGUGGCACCGGGAGGAGCGGCCCAAGGUGCGGGGGGAGCAGCGGACGGAGGGCGCGUCGGCGUUCCAUGUGGCCCGCGCCCUGCCCGUCCACAUGGGCCGCUACGUGUGCCUGGAGAGGACGAGCGGCCAGCAGACAUCGAUCUACGUCUUUGUCAACGAUCCCGACAACCCUUUCAGGAAAUCGAUGGUGUUCAACAUCCUCACUCGCGUGGGCGCCGCCGCUUCCAUCCCCUGCCUGGCGACCGAUCCCAGCCUGUCCGACCUGCACCUGGAGACGUGCUCCGGCGCGCCCCUGGCCCCCGGCCUGCGCUUCUCCGCCAGCCCGGAGCGAGGCGUGGCGAUCCGAGACGCGCGGAAGGCCUACGAGGGCUGCUACGUGUGCGCCGGCGCGCUGCGGGGGCGACACGUGCGCUCGCACAACUACCACCUGACCGUCAAGCCAGUCCCCGCGGCGCCCCCUGUCAUCGAGAUGCAAGCGCCCGAGCGGGUCAUCCUCACCCUAAACGAGGGUCUGGCCCUCACCUGCAACACCACCAACGUCAACGGCGAGAUCAAGCUCAAGUGGGUCGCCCCGCCCGGCUCGGGUGCCGUCUGGUAUCCACAGCAACCAGCUAAGGUUGACACUGCGUCGCGUAUCCGGGCGGAGCACUUCGACCACAUACGCAGCGCCACCCUGCGCGUGGCCGCCGUCGCACACCGGGACGCCGGACGCUACCGCUGUGAGGCCGAGAACGAGAGGGGGCUCAGCGUACGCGCCGUGUGGCUAGACGUCUAUGACAAAGGAUUCAUCAACGUAACGUCGACGAGCAACAGGACCGUCCACGUGCGCUCUGGUGAUAGUUUAUCCCUGCUGGUGGAGAUGGAGGCUCACCCGAGGCCCCGCACCUUCUCCUGGAGCUUCAUGGACCACGAGCUGAAGAAUAACAGCGACCACGUCAUCACGACGCAGAGCACUUGCAACUACAGGUACAGCAGCGAGCUGAGAUUAGUGCGACUGAAGAUGUCGGAAGGCGGCGUUUACAUGUUUAAAGCCUCCAAUCACGACGCCUCACUGAACGAGACCUUUGCCGUCUUCGUAACCACUAAACCCGAGAUCGUGUCGCACGAAGGCCCGGUGGACGGGCAAGUGCGCUGCGUGGCCGAGGGAUUUCCCGCCCCCAAGAUCACAUGGUACUACUGCGAGCAGCCCUACAUCAGGUGCUCCCAGCAGGUGAACGCCACCAAAGAAGAGACGGACAUUGUCACCAUUACGCUGUUCAGCCCCACGUUCGGCAAGACAGAGGUGGAGAGCCGGGUGAACGUCAGCCGUGGACGCUUCAGUACGCUCGAGUGUGUGGCCACAGUGGAGGGCGAGCAGGCCUACACGCUCUUCUCCAUCAGUGAGAGAAACGUUCCCCACAAUCUGUUCACGCCGCUGCUGAUCGGCUCGGUAUCGGCAGCCUCCGUCCUCUGCUUGGUCCUCAUCAUGCUCUUCUACAAGUACCUGCAGAAACCUAAAUACCAGGUGCAGUGGAAGGUUAUUGAAGGAAUCCACGGUAACAACUACGUGUACAUUGACCCCACCCAGCUACCUUACGACCACCAGUGGGAGUUUCCCAGAAACAACCUGCGUUUUGGGAAGACACUGGGCUCCGGCGCGUUCGGAAAAGUGGUGGAAGCGACAGCAUACGGACUCUCCAAGGCCGACUCAGUCACCACGGUGGCGGUCAAGAUGCUUAAAUCGACCGCUCAUGCCACUGAGAAAGAGGCCCUGAUGUCCGAGCUGAAGGUUCUCAGCUACCUGGGAAAUCACAUGAACAUUGUCAACCUGCUGGGAGCCUGCACUGUGGGAGGCCCCACGCUGGUGAUUACAGAGUACUGCUGCUUUGGUGACCUGCUCAACUUUUUACGAAGCAAGAGGGAAUCUUUCUACUUGCCCAAAACGGAGGAAGACUGCUACUAUCGUAACGUUGUGUCGCAGAGGGGGGCCACGGGCGACAGCUUGAACGGCUACAUGACCAUGAGGCCGUCUGCCGCUGGCAAGCCGCCUUCGUCCUCCUCCUCCUCCUCAUCGUCGUCAAUCACCAUGGAGAAGAGACGCUCCUUCCACAAAGGCGGAUCCUACGGAGAAGGAGUGGCCGAGGAGGAAAUGUUCGACGACGACGGGCUGUCGUUGGACACCGAGGACCUCCUCAGCUUCUCUUACCAGGUGGCCAAGGGGAUGGAAUUCUUAGCUUCCAAGAAUUGCAUCCACAGAGACCUGGCAGCCAGAAACAUCUUGCUCACUCAAGGGCGAGUGGCAAAGAUCUGUGAUUUUGGCUUGGCCCGCGACAUCACCACCGACUCCAACUAUGUGGUCAAAGGAAAUGCUCGGCUGCCGGUCAAAUGGAUGUCUCCGGAAAGCAUCUUCGAAUGCGUGUACACGUUCGAGAGUGACGUGUGGUCGUACGGCAUCCUGCUGUGGGAGAUUUUCUCGCUAGGAAACAGUCCUUAUCCCGGAAUGCCCGUAGACGCCAAGUUCUACAAGCUGAUUAAAGAAGGAUACAGGCUGGACUCUCCUGAGUUUGCACCUUGUGAAAUGUAUCAGAUCAUGCGGUCCUGCUGGGACGCCAACCCCAUCCAGAGGCCCUCCUUCAGAAAGGUGGUGGAGCGAAUUGAACAGCAGCUGUCAGAUGCAACUAAGCAUAUCUAUCUGAACUUCAGCUCCAGGCUCAUGGCGCCACCCAGAUCCACCACCACCACAGAGGAGGACGAGGACGAGGACGAGGACGACGAUGACGACGAUGACGACGAUGACGAGGAGCCCAGAAUUCCAAAAACGGCAUUCCAGCUCAACUCAAACGGCAGUAGCGCUCCGACGCAGCCCUUACUGCCCCAGCACGAGGUCUUCCUGGAAGGCACGGGCCUCGGAGUCCAGCGGGUGUGAGCCGCCCUACUGCCUCUUAAAAGAAGUGCCUCUCAUCUUCUGCUACUACAACAAAAACAAACCACUGCCAUUGACUCACUGACCAUUCAAAAGACUGCCCCAUCCUCUGCGAAGACUACCCCUAUGGUGCAACAAAAACAAAACACUGGACAUCCCCUUACUACUCGUGGACCCACCACUGGGGCACUCCAGACAGAACAUAAAGGAAGAAGAACAUUUUGUUAAUAUUAAUAUGACUGCAACUUUCAAGGGAGGACAGUUGAAAAAAAUCAACCGCUCAAUAUUAAACGCUUACAUCUAUCAUAAUGAUGGUUUUAUCAGCUCUCUUUGAAGUUUUGUUUUCCUUUUUACCAGUUUUAUUUUUCUUACACUUUUUAUGCCAUGUUUUUUUCUGUAAAGGAAAAAGAAAAAUGCACUCGAGGCACUUCACAUCAUUCCAUACAUCCCGUAGUGCAGCUUUCAUUUUGAUUUUUCAUUUUUUUUGUCAGUAUUACAUGUUUCAAAUGAAGGGGAUGUUUAUUCAGUGUCGAAUUUUUCAAAUGGAGCUACUGGGAUGCAGGUUUUUAUAAGCUAUUAUGAAGACAGCCUGAUCUGCUUUGAGGAGAUUUCCAAUUGUUUCAUUGCCACAAAGCCACGGGCCGUGAAAAAAGGCUGUACAACAUGGUACAAUAGCUUUUUUUGUGCGUGUAGAUAAUUGUUUUUUUGGUUUGUUUUUUUUGCGAGACGCUGGGGACAAAGGCAAAGCCAUAGCAGGCUAGCUUUAGCAGGUGAACAUCAAACGUUAAAAAAACAAAAACCAAAAAAAAGUUUGUGUUUCUUCCCCACCUCUUUGUUUACAUGCUGGUACUGCCAUUUGAGAGAUUUGUGUGUGUGUUUUUUUUGUGAUCACCCGGGAAAGAAAAUAGCUAACUUUUUAGGGGGCUUGCCAUACAACGGUCUGGAAAUUAGACAUUCGAGUUUAUCGUCGUUGUUCCCCAAUUCUCCUGUUUGAGUCCAGAUGUCCCCUCUACAAUGAUGCGCUUCCUAUGUUCCUUCCCACAGGGAAAAUGUCCUGUUAGUGUGUAUGAACAUGUUUGUCAUUUUGUCCAUGCGUUUGCAUGGCAAUAACGUUUUGCUUCGCUUAUACAAACGAUUGAGCUUUGCUGCAAAUAGCGAAAAACAACAAGUAAUUAAUACCCCUACAAACGUUUAGAAUUGCCUGUAUUAAUUGUUUAAGAUGUGAAUAUUCCACAAACUAUGAUCCCAAAACACUUCGAUAUAAUUUCAAAUCAGUUUCGAUUUUGCUCCUUCCCAACACACAAGGAUCAGAUGAGAUGUAUCACUUCAACUGACUUCUUUGAUACCAGUUACUACUUUCCUAUUAGCCUGAGCUUUGACACCAUCUUGUGACAUUAGAGAAAGAGCCCGAGAAAAUACGCAGAUUCAGUGAAUAAAUAAAAUGUGCAAAUAGGUGAAUUUGUGAAUAAAUGUCCUGCAAGCAGCGA